GCGCCGCACCCGUCGGCCACCGUCGCGCGGCGCCCGGCCCGGCCGGAAGUGACGCCAGGGCGGCCGUGACGUCACGCGAGCCGCCGCCCGCGCGCCGGGAGGGCUUUGGCGGGCUCGGCGGGCGCGCGCGUGCGCGGGAUGAUGUGACAUUGCUGUCAUCUGAGAACCAGAAGUAUGAGCGAGUUUCGGAUCCACCAUGAUGUCAAUGAACUGCUCAGCCUGCUGCGUGUGCCGGGAGGGGAUGGCGCUGAGGUCUAUAUCGACCUGCUGCAGAAGAACAGGACCCCGUACGUGACCACCACCGUGUCUGCGCACAGCGCCAAGGUUAAAAUAGCAGAAUUUUCUCGUACACCGGAAGACUUUCUAAAGAAGUAUGAUGAACUGAAGUCCAAAAGCACCAGGAACCUGGACUCGCUGGUGUACCUGCUGUCGAAGCUCACAGAGGACAGAGAGACGCUGCAAUACCUCCAGCACAAUGCGAGGGUAAGAGCUGAGCUGGCAGCCGCUGCCAGCAGCUCCCCCAGCUUUGGUGCCCCGGCCACAGCCUCCAAGAUCUCCGCGCAGGAGCUUGAGGAGCUGAGGAAGCAGCUGGGCAGCAUGGCGGCGGGUUCCACCCCGCAGCAGUCUCUGGAGCUUACAAGGAAGAUGCUUCGAGACAAGCAGAACAAGAAGAAUUCGGGCCAGCACCUCCCAGUCUUCCCGGCAUGGGUGUACGAGAGGCCCACACUGCUCGGGGACUUCCUGACUGGCUCAGACCCAGGCACGGACACUGCCGUGCCCAUAGGCUCGCUGCCCCUGGCCGCCCAGGAGUCCGCCAUGGUGGAGGACCUGCUGUACGUACUGGUGGGCGUAGAUGGCAGGUACAUCACGGCCCAGCCCCUGACCGGGAGGCAGAGCCGCACCUUCCUCCUAGACCCCAACCUGGACUUAUCCAUCCGGGAGCUGGUGGGCAGGAUCUUGCCAGUGGCUGCCAGUUACUCCACCGUCACCAGGUUCAUCGAGGAGAAGUCCUCCUUCGAGUACGGGCAGGUGAACCACGCCCUGGCAGCAGCCAUGCGGACCCUGGUGAAGGAGUACCUGAUUCUGGUCACCCAGCUGGAGCAGCUGCAGCGUCAGGGGCUCCUGUCCCUGCAGAAGCUCUGGUUCUACGUCCAGCCCGCCAUGCGCACGAUGGACAUCCUGGCCUCUCUGGCCACAUCCGUGGACAAAGGUGAGUGUAUGGGGGGCUCCACCCUCAGCCUCCUGCAUGAUCGCAGCUUCAACUACACGGGCGACAGCCAGGCGCAGGACUUGUGCCUCUACCUCACCAAGGCCGCCAGCGUGCCCUACUUUGAGGUCCUGGAGAAGUGGAUCUACAGAGGCAUCAUCGACGACCCGUACAGUGAGUUCAUGGUGGAGGAGCACGAGCUGCAGAAGGAGAAGAUCCAGGAGGACUACAACGACAAGUACUGGGAGCAGCGCUACACAGUGGUGCAGAGGCACAUCCCGUCCUUCCUGCAGAAGAUGGCCGGCAAGGUCCUGAGCACAGGGAAGUACCUCAAUGUGGUCAGGGAGUGUGGCCGCGACGUCACCUGCCCCGCCGCCAAGGAAGUUGUGUACACGCUGAAGGAGCGUGCCUACGUGGAGCAGAUUGAGACAGCCUUCAGCUACGCCAGCCAGGUGCUGCUGGGCUUCCUGCUGCAGGAGCAGGAGCUGGUGGCACACCUCAGGUCCAUCAAGCGCUACUUCCUGAUGGACCAGGGGGACUUCUUCGUGCAUUUCAUGGACCUCACGGAGGAGGAGCUGAAGAAGCCCGUGGACAACAUCGCACCCUCCCGCCUGGAGGCCCUCCUGGAGCUGGCCUUGCGCAUGAGCACCGCCAACACUGACCCCUUCAAGGACGACCUGAAGAUCGAUCUGAUGCCUCACGACCUCAUCACUCAGCUGCUGCGUGUUUUGGCCAUCGAGACCAAGCAGGAGAAGGCCAUGGUCCAGGCCGACCCCACAGAGCUCACUCUGAGUGGCCUGGAGGCCUUUUCCUUUGACUACGUGGUCAAGUGGCCACUCUCACUGAUCAUCAACAGGAAAGCGCUGACCCGCUACCAGAUGCUCUUCCGACACAUGUUCUACUGCAAACACGUGGAGCGGCAGCUGUGCAACGUGUGGGUGAGCAACAAGGCGGCCAAGCAGUGCUCGCUGCACUCGGCCAAGUGGCUGGCUGGAGCCUUCACCCUGCGGCAGCGGAUGCUGAACUUCGUCCAGAACAUCCAGUACUACAUGAUGUUCGAGGUGAUGGAGCCCACCUGGCACAUCCUGGAGAAGAACCUGAGAUCCGCCUCCAACAUUGACGACGUGCUGGGCCACCACACGGGCUUCCUGGACUCGUGCCUCAAGGACUGCAUGCUGACCAACCCCGAGCUGCUGCGCGUCUUCUCCAAGCUCAUGUCCGUGUGCGUCAUGUUCACCAACUGCAUGCAGAGAUUCACGCAGAGCAUGAAGCUGGACGGAGAGCUGGGCCCACGGGCGCUGGAGCAUGGUGGCAUGCUGGGGCCGCCCACCGAGGCCGAGCGGGCAGAGGAGCACACCAGGAAGGAACUCGCCAGGAAGCACCUGGCCGAGCAAGCGGACUCCCCCCAGCUGGACUCCAGCUUCGAGGCCACCAUCAGCAGGUUUGACCAGAACUUCUCCGCACACCUGCUGGACCUCCUGGCCCGGCUGAGCGUGUACAGCACCAGCGACUGUGAGCACGGCAUGGCCAGCGUCAUCUCCAGGCUCGACUUUAACGGCUUCUACACUGAGCGCCUAGAGCGCCUGUCGGCAGAGAGGAGCCAGAGGACAGUGCCCCAGGUGCCGGGCCCACGGGGGCCCCCGGCGCCAGCCCCCCGGGUCGCUGUCACUGCGCAGUGAGCCCCAGGGCCACUCUGUUCUGCCCUCCCGAAACCCUGGGCUGCUGCUGCGUCG